AUGAUUGCCUUAGACGACAUUCCAGAGCUGCAACAAGCAAAUUUAAAAGAAUUGCUGCUCAUUUGAUCACAGACAUCCUCAGCGUGAAGCAUCGCGACUGCAAAGAUGGCAUUUGCUCUUCGCUCCUUGUUCCUUCUCUGCGGGAUCGGUGGACUUUUGACUGGAGCCUGGUCUAAACCAGCCAGUAAAGAAAAAGAAAACUGCUGUCCUAAAGGCUGGACUCAGCUGGAUUGUCGCUGUUUCAUUUACCAAGAUAAAGGCAGGCAGUUUGCAGAUGCAGAGAGCGUCUGCAACAUUCUCGGUGGGAAUCUGGCCUCGGUCCACAGCGCUUUGGAAUAUGCCGUCGUUCUCGAACUGAUUCGGGCAGCCUCUGACUCUACUGAGGAUGUUUGGAUGGGACUGCACGAGGCGAUAGAGGACGGUGCCUUCUUCUGGACUGAUGGCUCAGAGGUUGAUUUCACGAGCUUCAACAGUGACGAUGAUGCUGGAGAUUGCAUUGAGAUUGAAUUCAGUGAUGGUCUCUGGGACAAUGACAGCUGCACUGACAUCAACAGAUUUGUUUGUGUCCAAGAUGCUGACCAUUGCGACUACUGAUCGGCCAUCCGAGCGCCAUCUCAUCCAUCAGGACUGUCACUUCUCAAGUAUCCUGAUGACUGCUCUAAAAUCAAACUUUACGACUGUGUGUAUUCUGUAAUCCAGAACAAAAUCUUCGCUUCUCCAACCCAGAUCACUUAAUUUCAAUUAUUAAUUGCUGGCAAAUGUCUAUUAUGGAAUAAAGCAUUUUGGUGUGGGAUGUCA